UGUCCUACAGGUGCGUGUGCAGUUGGUGAUCGCGGAAGGGCGUUGAGUUAUUCUUGGAUGUAUAACCUGUAUUUUAAUUAAGUGGUUACUCUUUUAUCAAGUAGCCUACCUAACGCCACUUUAAUUCCUGGAAUAUUAUAGGCUACGUAUUGUCAUUUAGCUUAAAACUACUUUUAGUGUAACUGGGCACUAUUUUGGAGAUUAAAACAAAGGCUUCAUUUGUUUGGGCCAAUAUGCUCUUCAGCGGCUUGGUUUCGGUGAUUUUAUUCUUUCAUGCAACAGGUGUAGAGGCCUUCGAUGUCACAACCAGCAAUCCAAAUGUGAAGGUUAAAGAGAAUCAGGGGGCUGAUCUUACAUGCAAAUACACUGCUGACUUUGGGAUAGGAGCUAGAGUUGAGUGGAAGUUUAGGGACAUGGCAGGUUCUCAAAUCUAUGUAAUUUUUGAUGGGAAACCAACCGCCCAGUAUGCGAGUCGUGUUACUGUGUCUUCUGGGUUGCUGAGGUUCAGCUCAGUGACACGCAAAGACAAUGGGGAGUAUAACUGCGAGGUGUCGGGCAAUCAGCAGUUUAAGGAGGUCACAGUGACACUUACUGUUUUAGUGCCUCCGGCUGUGCCUAUUUGUAGAGUCCCAUCCACAGCGACAACUGGACGCAUGGUACUGCUUUCCUGCCAUGAUCCUGAAGGGUCUCCUCCCCCUACCUACACAUGGUUCAAGGACAAGACCCCCCUCCCAGCAGACCCCAGCCAGUUUCCUGCCUUCAGUAACUACACCUACAAGCUCAACACUGCCAAUAGCCACCUGGAGUAUCCCUCCAUCUCCCUAAUGGAUACAGGAGACUACUACUGUCAGUCUGAAAAUGAGGCUGGCCCUCCUCAAGUUUGUGCACCUCUCAGGAUGGUAGUCCGUGAUGUCAAUGUUGGCGGUAUUGUUGCGGGGGUGAUCGUGGCUCUCCUAGCCAUUGUCCUGCUGUUUUUGGCGCUGUGGUAUGCCCACCGCAAAGGAUAUCUGCCCAGGAAGACUAAAGGCAAACCAAAACCCUCCGUUGUCUACCAGCCUGCAUCGGAGCACGGCGAUGAAGGAGAUGGGGAAUUCAGACAGAAGUCGUCUUUCGUGGUGUAGCCGGAGCAUGUGACAAGAUGUCUGGGAUAUACCCAGGACUAUUGGGAAACAACUUCUGGGAUAUACCCGGAAGUCUUCUGCAACAUUGACUAUGGGUGUGUCCCAAUCUACAUCAACCCUUUCUCCUAAAGUGUGCUCAUGUUCACAGCUUCUCUGCCUGUUUCAAAGCAUUAGUUCAGUGAAGGGGUUGGCUACUGGAAGUUUCCACUGUUUCUAUAUUUCCAUUAUGCCAGUCAUUUCUUUUCCAAAUAAUUGAAGGGAUUAGAAUGUGCACACGUGGGGGUGGAGAGAUGAUUGGCACACUAGUUUCUGCCCCUUUUACAUUCUUAUUGUGGAUUGGCAAGGUUUGAUUUAAAUGUUAUUUUUAAGAAGUUCCCUUUUUAUAUUACUCUUACUGGCAGUUGCCUAUCGGCAUGAUUUUGUGCCCCUGUUUUGUGAAAGAAAUACCACAUUCAAGGACAUGGGGUUGAAAAUUGUUGAAAUGUAAUGAAUACUGUCAAUUAAUCCAAAUAGAACAGGCCUUCUAAUGCCUAAUGGUCUGUUAUUUUUAAUUGAAAUGCUUUCUUAAAUUGCACUUUUACCUAUAUUGGGGAUAGGGUGCCAUUUGGGAGUAUGUCAACUUAAAUCUACAUUUCUUUUUAGAUUAAUCUGUCUACCACAGGUCCCUUGGUCCCCCCCUUUGCAGUGCUUCAAAUGGUGCCCUAUUAACUAAAGUGCCACAGGGGCUUUGGUCUAAAGUAGUUCCUAUAUAGGGUGGAAAACGUGCAUUCUGAUACAAAUACUGUUUGAAUGUGUGAGCAUAAUAUACUGUAAAUCCAGGAUUUUCAGUGAGUUGUAAUGUGAAAUGUUUAGUUUACGGUAGCUACAGAUUAUUUUUUUUAAAUGACAUUUUCUUGGUGUAUUUAGAAUCCUUGUUCUUGUUUCCCCUCUGUUUGUUGACAUUGCUUGUCUAAGAUCUGUUACCUCUUUUUAGCGCAUUGUCACCCACUUACGUUUGGCCUCACAGUCAAAGCGUGACAAUCUAAUCACAACUUAUGAUUGGUAUUUUGACCUAGCACAUCAGAUCUUUUUCAAAACUGAUCUGAUUGGGUCAAUCCAUUGGUGUGUGCCUGUGUAAAUGAGGCCUAACUGAUUGAAAACCAAGUUUAAUGUAUCAGGUUUAGCAUAUUGGGGAAUAGGUUAUUGUGUAAGGUUAUACACAGUACAUAGGUUGUCUCAUUCUAUUUAUGUUGGGGUAAUAUCAGAAGUUAUUAAAAUGUUUCUAUGUAGUUAUUGAAAAUUGUGCUCAGUUGUAUUUGCUGAUUAUGAGCUUACACAAAAUGCUAAAAUCUCUAUUUGCCUAAACCAUGAAGAACAAUGACUCUGAAGUACUAAUUUUUGUAAUAAAACUUUCCGUAUAUGAAUUGUU